AAAAAAGUUCCUGUUGGAGGCGGGCAUGAACACAUUCCGGACUGACUGCGGCACGAUCCUGUAAGAAAUCGCCCAUCCAGCAGAACAAAAUCCUUACGACAUGGCGACUGUCAUACCACCCCCAUCAAAGCGUCAAAAGACUGCAGCCGCAGCCCGUGCGCGCGAACAGAUUGCUGCUCCAGUCGCAGUACCCGAAGGCACACAGCGGAUACAAUUCCGAGAUGCGGACACUGGAGUCGCCCAAGGCCCUGUCGUGUCGGUGGCGCUCGCAGACCUCACGCCAAAGAACCUAUCAUUAUUACUCAACAGUCUUCUGGGAAAGACAGAUCCCGACGACCGGUUACCAUAUCGAUUCUACAAUCCAUUCGGCGACGGAGGCGAGUUCAAUCAAACCGAGAUCAUCCAGAAGUAUGUAGACGGAACCACUACAACCGAAUUGCAACUCGAUAUCCCUUGUCGUGCCGAGGCCGUCUUCAAGGUCAAACCUGUGACGAGAUGUUCAGCGAGCGUCAGUGGUCAUGGCGAAUCAAUCCUUGCGACCGCCUUCUCGCCAGCGACAUCGUCAAGAUUGGCGACCGGAAGUGGAGAUAAUACUGCGAGGAUAUUUGACUGCGAGACCGGAACACCACUGCAUACGCUGAAAGGUCAUACAGGAUGGGUAUUGGCAGUGGCAUGGUCACCAGACGAUGGUGUGCUAGCCACGGGCAGUAUGGAUAACACCGUCCGGUUAUGGGAUCCUGUCAAAGGUACAGCAUUGGGAUCACCUCUCAAAGGUCAUACCAAAUGGAUCACGAGCAUAUCAUGGGAGCCAUACCACGCGCGAGAGCCGGGACGGCCGCGCUUCGCGUCGGCGUCGAAGGAUUUCACGAUUCGGAUAUGGGAUGCAGCCAGCGGGCAGACCGACAUGGCCCUCACCGGCCAUAAGGAGUGCGUCACCUGCGUGAAGUGGGGGGGUUCCGGCUGGAUCUACUCCUCCUCCCGCGACCGGACGGUCAAAGUCUGGGACGCAGUCAAGGGCACGCUCGUGCACAACCUGACCGCGCACGCACACUGGGUCAAUCACCUCGCGCUCUCGACCGACUUUGUCCUCCGCACCGGCUACUUCGACCACAAAGGCAAGAAAGAAGCCCCCUCCACCAUCGAAGAGAAACGGGCCAAGGCCCUACAGCGCUACCAAACCGCGCUGGCCAGCUCCGGCGGCGGCGGGAUCGAACGCCUCGUCUCCGCCAGCGAUGACUGCACCAUGUACCUCUGGGAGCCGUCCAAGACCACCAAACCGCUCCAACGCCUGCACGGCCACCAGAAACAGAUCAACCACGUGACCUUCUCCCCCGACGGCUCCCUCCUCGCGUCCGCCGGGUUCGACAACCACGUGAAGCUCUGGCGGGCGCGGGACGGCGCCUUUCUGCAUACCCUCCGCGGCCACGUCGGUCCCGUGUAUCAGUGCGCUUUCUCGCCGGACUCGCGAUUGCUGGUCAGCGCCUCCCGGGACACCACGCUCAAGGCGUGGGAUGUCCGCGCCGGCACGCUGAAGGAGAACCUUCCUGGCCAUCUCGAUGAGGUUUUUGCCGUGGAUUGGGCGCCGGAUGGGGAGAGGGUGGGCAGCGGUGGGCAGGACAAGGCUGUGAGGAUUUGGCGGCAUUGAUGGGAAUGUUUACAUCUGCACGGGGGAGAGUGAAGUGUAUGCUGGAGUUUCUUGGGGUUGUCUCCGACAUUGUUUUUUCUAUUUUCUUCGAUCUGGGUAGAAUGUCAUGUUCUUAUCCUCUCAUCCUCCUCGUGCUUCGCUUUGGCGUCAGGAGGAGCGUCGUCCAUAACCAUGGACGCAAAAGUCAAGUCACACAAUCACUGCCUCC